AUGGAAAUGGACAAUGUGGGUUGCCCAACGUCAUCUACCACACAUGCAAGCAGAAAUUUGCAGACCCAGAAAUUUGCGAACCCCUGGGCUGGUUGGGCUGGUGUGAAGCCUGAGCGCUGGACUUCGAAUUUGGAGUUGUGCUCAUGGCUUGGAGCUGGGAUCCUUGGCCUUGAGUAUGGGGUUUGGCACGAGCCUGGGCAUAAGUCCCCCAUUCUUGGGGUUCUUGGAGUUCGGCCCUGGAGUCGAGCCUGUUUUGGAGCUGGGCUUCACGAGUUAGCAAGUUGGUGUUGUAGCUCGAGUGGUCUUGGAGCUGGACCUCGGGUUAGAAGGACUUGGAGCCAUGAUUUUGUUGAGCCUUGUGCGCACGGGCUGGGCUUUUCCGUGUUGGUAGUGGUGAAGCUGCUGGGCCUUGGGCGCGGGCAAUUGACUUUGGAAAAAAGGUUGUGGGAUUUUCAGCCUUUGUGCGUUGCCGACGGCACAAAGUUGCAUGUCGCAGUGUGA